AUGUCCUUCAAUGACCCUUUUUUCGAUCAAUUCAGACAUGACAAAGAUCCAGAAUGCUUGAAUCGCGCUCGAUUUAUGAACACACCAUUUCCACUACCAUUAGCAGCAAUGCUCUUUCUAAGCAUAGUUGUCAUUUGUGUUACCCAGUAUAUGCGCUCGAUUACCCCAGGAGUAACAUACAUUCCUUUCUUGAACAAUGUGGGACGACUUUCGAUAAAACAAUACGAUCCUCUAGCAACUCAAAACUUCCUAGGAAACGAAAAUGAAGCCAGGUACAGAGAAUCAGGUGAGGAAGAAGAGCUUCACAACGAAGAAGGCAGACCACCUCCCUACCACGAGUCCCUAGAGCCAAAUACCAAUUCCACUCAAGUAAAACCAACCAAACCUCGAAGUUCAGCAGAACUUUUCGUCAUAGGUACAGCCUGUCUAUUAGUCAUAAUUUUCUGUCUCGUCACCAUAGCAUUCGCAACUCAAGCCACAAUAUUUUGUCAGGAUUGGUCGCCGUUAUCAGUCGGUCUCCAGGUGUUCUUUUGGUUCUUCUAUCUCAUUCCGCUCCUAACUUCUACCCAAGCAUUUGGAUGUUGGACUAUGCUUUUGAGAGACUUGUGGGGUCUGGCUGCUAGGAAAAAGUAUCCUGUUUCAGAAAAUUGGGUGUUCAUACCCUUUGGUAUAAUAGGGAGGGGAGUGGUAAUGAUCGUUGAGAAAUGCCAGGAGCGUCUAUGCGGUGCCGGCAUAAAUGGAGAUGACAUCGAAGUGAUUGGCCUCGAGGAUGGCCCAAGAGAAGAUAUUAUAGCGGAGAAUGUUGGGUUGAUGAGUGGUGCAGGAAAACGAUCAAGAACAUAG